GCCUGCGCACAAUGCUAUUGACUUUGCUAGCCAUCAAGACGAGCCUGGGACCUCUUCUGCCCCUGUUUCAAGUAUUAGGAAAAGAUCAGGACAUUAGAUUUAUCAUGAAGAUAUUUAUAACGUUAGAUAAGGAUUUGGAUUGGAUUGGCUAGGUUUUUUUUUUUUAUAUGUUGUCUGAUUUAAAUCUUUAUUAUUGUUGGAGUGUCUGAAGCAACCAACUUAAUCCGAGAAAGCAAAAACAUCAAUGGAAGAUGAAGCACCCCAUGUUGCAGUCCUUCCAAGUAUUGGAAUUGGUCAUCUCAUCUCCCUCAUCGAAUUCUCCAAGAAACUUGUCCACCACCACAACUUUCACAUAACAUUAAUCAUUCCUACAAUUGGGUCUCCACCAGAUGCCAUGAUAGAGGCCCUCCAUGGCCUCCCUUCAACCAUUAAUCACAUUUUUCUCCCUCCAGUUCAGUACGAAGACAUGCCAAAGAACGACCCGACGCGGCUCCUAAUUGUGAAGGCCACAUCACUCUCUCUGUCUCCUUUGCGUCAAGUGAUCAAGUCCUUAUCUGCAACUACCAAGUUAGUCAGUUUUAUUGCUGAUGCUUUUGCGAUUGACUUUGUUGAUGUUGCAGAGGAAUUCAAUGUUCCAUGGUAUGUUUACCUCCCAUUGAGCGCAAUGUGUUUGUCUUUAUUACUCUAUUUACCAACGCUUAGUGAAUUAGUCUCAUGUGAGUACAGAGACUUAAUUGAACCUGUAAAGCUUCCUGGGUGUAUCCCAAUCCAUGGAAAUGAUCUAUUUGCGGGGUUACAAGACCACAAAUCUGAGUAUUACCAAUGGCUCCUUUCCAUGACAAAAAGGCUACCUUUAGCCAAGGGAAUCAUGAUUAACAGCUUCAGGGAAUUGGAGGCAGGAACCAUCAGAGUGUUCCAAGAGAAAACACUCUGUAAAUCCCCUGUUUAUGCAAUUGGACCACUUGUCCGGAUGGGUACAAACAAUCUGGACAAUGAUGAUGUCUCUAAUUGCUUGAAAUGGCUAGAUGAUCAGGCACAAGGAUCAGUCAUAUUGGUCUCGUUUGGUAGCGGUGGAACGCUAUCGAACGAACAAAUGAAUGAGCUAGCUUUUGGGUUGGAAAUGAGUGAGCAUUCAUUUUUGUGGGUUGUGAAGAGCCCGAACAAUGAAUCAGUCACCGGGACGUAUUUCAGUAUACAAAGUCAGAAUGACCCAUUUGAUUUCUUGCCGAGAGGGUUCUUGGGAAGGACCGAAGGGAGAGGUCUAGUAAUGCCGUCUUGGGCGCCGCAGGCUCAUAUCCUAAGUCAUGCAUCUACUGGUGGUUUUCUAACCCAUUGUGGUUGGAAUUCUGUUUCUGAGAGCAUCGUCAAUGGAGUUCCAAUGAUUGCUUGGCCACUCUUUGCGGAGCAGAAAAUGAAUGCAGUGUUGCUAACAAAUGACAUCAAGGUGGCUAUCAGGCCUAAAGUUGGUGAAAAUGGAUUAGUAGUGAGGGAGGAGAUAUCAGAGGUAGUGAAGAAUUUAAUGGGAGGAGAAGAAAGGAAGAGAAUGUGUGAAGUUAUGAGUGGCUUGAAAGAAGCAGCUGCCAAGGCACUAGCCAUUGAUGGGGAUUCUUCAAAUGCACUUUCAGAAUUGGCAAUGGAGUGGACAAAUCACAAGAAGAUUGAUUAAGCCCACGGUUUGCCUUUGUCGAUACCAGAAAUCUGGUGCUGUUUCGGUCUGUAAAAUUGUGAUUGUUGUAAUUUCUUGAUUCCAUCAUGUGAUUGUUGUAAAAUUGAAUGAUUGUUGUAAAUUUUACUCUUGGUAGAGUUUGAAUUCAUGACCUCUCAUUCAUUAAGAAAUGCUAUAACCAACUAAGAUAUGGGACUUUCUUCGUUUAAA